GCCGACAGUUGCUUGAACUGCCCAUUCGUUUUUUUUUUCUUUAAUUUAUUCCCCCCUAAAGUUGACAGGACCACCCCUUGUUGUACACUCACUUGAAAUGACUAGAUAAUCUUUUAACUUAUUGUUGUUCGAACCCGCAAAUGCGAUUAGCUUUUAUUACUUCCGAUAUCUCGACUUCUCGACUAUCCCUGAACUGCUAACAGGUACAUUCGAGGCGGGUGGAGGCUUAACCUAUCUGCCUCCUAUCCGUUGUACCCUGCAUCAUUAAACCUUUUGUCCAAUCUCCAAAGUACAUACAUCUCUUGUCACGAUGAUUCCUCACAGGAGCACUGCGCUACUCACAAUAAUCGUUUUUGUCGCCCUUCUUUUGGUGAUAUUCUCAGCCUCGCCGAGCCCAGACUCUUCAUCUGAAGAAGUCACUGGCCCAGCCAGAUAUGUACCCCGACCCAAGCUGCCUUCGUUGAGCGAUCUUCAUCUACCUUCAUUUCACCCGACAGUUCAUACGCCGCCCGAACCACAACCAAACAGCACCAGCGGCGAGUCGAAGUGGUUUAGCAAUUGGGCUUGGAUCAACCCGUUCUCGUCUUCCAUAACCCUUGACGAGAACCGCUCCGUACUACCCCCUCUACGACACCGACCGUUCAUAUACACAUACUACGAACCAACCAAAGGGAAUGAUGAAAAGGGUGCGGAACAAGCCGAUGCUCAGAUUCUUCUUGCGUGGCGCAGAGCUUGGUUUGCGCAAGGGUUCCGGCCUGUUAUUCUGGGUCGCGCAGAGGCUAUGAAUAAUGAACUUUAUUCGCUGGUGCAACCCAUGAAACUUACCCCUAAAGUUGAGAAUGAGCUAUUCCGCUGGCUCGCCUGGGGCCAUAUGGGUGAUGGCUUACUUGCAGAUUGGCAUUGCUUUCCGAUGGCGCGAUACGAUGAUGACCUGCUGUCUUCUUUGCGACGCGGUACCGAUCCGGCUGUGAUUACCCGGUUUGACCGCAUUGACAGCGCGCUGUUUGCGGGAGAGAAGACACGGAUCAACUACGCGAUCAAGGAAGCAGUUAAAAAGGCCUCGGAGACUUCGAACUCUAUGUUGGAUCUGGUUCCUCCAGAGUUCUUCAGAAAUGAGUCCCCACCGACUUCCCUGGCUUUCUAUGACCCUGCUACUAUCCAUUCCCACUACCCGACACUUGCAGAGGAAUCUUCAACGACAGCGGGCCGACUUGCGUUGGCAGAGCUUAUCAAUGCACAUUUACAUACUACUUUUCAGAACGCAUUCCCUGCCGGCAUAGCUGUCUUAAAGCCUUUUACUGAACAUACUACUGCUCUGGUAGAGCCAGCCUUGCGGCUCGCCAAAGCCCUCGUCAAAUGUCCGAAAUCCCCUGUGCCAUCAUCUUGUCCUCCAAACCAGCCGAAGUGUCAUCCCUGCGAUGCAGGAAAGCCGAUGCAGGUUAGCCAGCCGGCUACCUACCGAAACACGACCCGGGUGUUCACCAUCGGGACUCUCCCCCAUCCCUACACUCUUAUUAGUUUGCAGCAGGACUCGGCGGAAGUUACCACCCGCCACAUCCGUCGCGAGACGGAGCGUGAUUCAUGGCUGACAGAGGUCACCAAGGAACAGUUGGGCGUUGAUAUUGGUGGAUCGUCACGCGCCGUGGUUUUCAAAAAGGCCGUCGCCGACGACGCCGUGGUCGGUACUUCCUUGUGGAUGACUGUCGAGUCGUUGCCUCCCGCGGCCGGCCAGCCCCUCCCAUCUGACCUUUUAGACGAAUUUGAAUGGCAAUUUGGAUUCCAGAUUCCUCGGGAGGAUAACAAUGUGGACUCUAAGGACGAAGGUGAUGCCAAGGAGUCCGUGCAGAAUGCCAAUCCUAGCCGACAAGGCGUCGCAAAGGAGUACGACAUCUUAAAACAGGCCAGGGAAGUCUUGAAGAGCAAGGAAACCAAUCGGAUUGGCAUCAAAGACGUGGCAGAAGCCUGGAACUUGGCAGACACGGAAGUAUGGCGAUUUGUGAGAGCCUACCGGGCCCGAAGUGUUGUGGAACGUAAGAAGUGGCAAGAGGACGAGAAAGACUUCGUUGGUGCGAAACUAAAGGAUUAACUUUCUUGUGCACGUUCCUAAAUGAUUCAAUUUUAUGUACCGCUGCUUCGAUUUCCUCAAUGCGGCCUUUUCUUCUCUCCUAAUGCGAAUUGAUGUAAAGUCUCUUGAUCUUGUUUGUACACCACCGGUUGGAGCAUCUGGAGCGGGCGUUGGUCUAAUAUUCUAAUGUAUUGUGAA